GAGAAUAACAAGUGUGUCUUGCUGGACUUGGCUGCUCCACGAUCACAGCUUAGCCUGAUCAUGUGAGCUGCUGUUUUCCUCCUGGUUUGCUUGCCCACCCUGAUCCCCUGAAUCUGCUGAGAACAUUCCACUGACCUGCGCUUGUGUGUGGACAUUUUCCAGACAAAAGACCAUGUAAUGGACGACGUUGAUCACAGUAUGAUGCUUGCCGAGGAGGACUGGAGGAGUUUCGAUGAGGAAUGUGAAGAGUGUUGCCUGGUGCAGCCUGCACUCGCUUGUCCAGAAGGAGCAAACCCUCACAGGGAAUCUGGGAGCUCCACAGUGCUGAAGGACAAGAGCGUCAGUUCCACUGAGGAGGACUCGCUGGCUGGAGGUCAUCCAGGCGUGACUCGUUCACAGGGUGAGGCAGGAGACCUUUCCAAAGUGAUUGGAGGAGCAGCGAAACUAGAAACAGAAGAUAAACAGAUCCAAACUGAGGAACCUCCAGAUCCUAAACCCACGGAGGAGAAGGAUCUGGAGCCUCUGAAGAGAACCAGUAUUACUUUCAGACAAGAGAGGGAGCGAUGGUUUGUGACUGUCAACGACAAUCCGUCACAACGUUGCAGGCGAGUCGCAAAUAAAAAACGUCGACUGAAGAAAGUAGCGAAGAAUAAAAGAGCAGGUAGAGGAGGGGUGGAAGCGGAGGCGGAGAAGGACCAAGCUUCAACACUGGGACUUUUUGAUCCUCCAACUGAAGACGUCAUGACAGAGGAAAACCAUGGAGUGAUGACGGACAGCACCGGGUCCGAAGAGUUUGAAGACGCAGUCCAGUUCUUAUCAGAGCUCAGAGGUCAAGGGAUCCUCUCAGCCACAAGGUGUCAGGAGGUGACUCUGGAACGUGAAGCUGAGGAGGUAAGUUCCACUGACGAUGAUGGUGAAGACUUUUCUUCUGCCUUGGACCAAACCGGUGGCAACACGAACCACAGGCCGCCGGAGGCUCCUCCACCAGACAGUCCAGAGGCUUUCGCCCGAGCCGCCGGCCACGUUCGACCCGUCUACGCCAUCUCAGCUUUCUGGGAUGAGAUGGAGAAGCUGACGAUAAAUGAUAUCCUGCAGCUCAGGAGGGCAGGAGGUCCACCACUAGGGGGCGCUGAAGACUCCCGGGCGGCUGGCUCCAAAGUGUCGCCCAGCCAGAUAGAGACCUCCGACAAUGCUGACUCGGACUACUGCACACAGGCAGAGGAGGCCAAGCCCGAUCGCUGGAGCUGGGACUUCUCCACUUCGGAUUGUGAGGAGGAGUGUAACGCGAGUCCAAGUCCUCGGAGAGAAACUCCAACUUCAGAGGACCUUGGCUCCACAUGCUCCGAGGGCAGGCAGACCCCGGUGCCUGCAGAAGGUCCAGCAGGAAACACUCUUGGUCAUGAGGCUGCGUCACGGCAGAGAAGGAUGAGGACAAGUCAGAGUCUGCGCGACAUGAAGAAGGAGCUGGACGUGGAUGACUUGUCGCUCAUAACCACGUCGGCAGGGGAGAAGAGAGAAGUACAUGGGGCUCAGCGGGGACCCGCCCCUCUUCUCACCAACAAGUUUGACCCACCAGAAGCCCUGCAGGCGGGUGGUCUUUUCUCGGGCGAUGAUGUCACACUUGAUCCAGAGUGUCCAAACAUCUACCCGGGCCAUGACAGCAAACUCGUUCCGAUAUUCUCCAGCUCCCAUCCCACUGUGAGGGAACUCGCCUCACCAAGUCUGGACCAGCUUUUCCACACUUUCAUGAGGGAGAACUUCCCUCCCGCCAGACUGGAGUUGGACUCCCUGGUGCAGACCGCUGAGCGUGAGAGGCUCGUGCCCAGUGGACCUGGCGCGUGGAUGCGCUCGCUGUCCCUACAGAGGAUUAGCUUCUGCUCCUGGAGCAAACUUCCUGUCCACAGUGAGGAGGAUCAAGUGGUGGCCCGCCUGGUGGUGGAUCCGGAGCAGAUCCUGGAAACAAUGAAGGCCGCAGGGCAGGGGGGUCGGUCGACACCCAGGCAGUCGGACAUGUGUCUGCUCUGCAUUGCCUUCGCCUCCUGGGUGCUGACGUCAUCGGAGGCCGACAACACUGACGCUUGGAAAGCAGCUCUGCUGGCGCACGUGAGCGCCCUCUCAGCCAUCCAGUACCUGCGUCACUACAUGAGGAGGAGGAGGUCUCGACCGCCGCACCGUCCCUGAAGUACACAUUCAUUUAAUGAUAGCUUUUUCUUGGGUCCAUUUCGUAGAAACAAAUCAGUUUCAGUAGUCUCCGAAAGUGUUCUGAUCUGUUAUUUAAAUGUUAGUCAAUAUGUAGUAAUACACAACAAUGAGAGCUGUGCGUGAAAGUAGGUGUUUUGGGUCACUGUGUGUAUGAAAAUAUACUGUUUCUGUGAACCAGAGUUUCAAACCAAGGAUGGGAAGAAGUUCAUUGUAUGGUCUAUUUAGGAGGGAAGUUGGCAUCUAAAAACAAUUUAAACUUUUUUUUUGUUAUGACUGAUCAGCCAUGUUUGGAGAACACUACACUGGGAGACAAGAAUGCAGAAGCGUGAAGCUUUAUGAAGUGUUAUGUACAUUUUCCGUGAGUCUUCUGUUCCGUAUGUUUCCUUAGUUGUAGGUGGAAUGAUUGUACACAUGAAAUAAAAAGGCAAAGGCCG